CACGUGCCCCUCCCUCUGCGCGCGUCCGAUUGGCCGCCCCGCCCUUCUUAACCCGCGCUUGCCCCGGGCCGUGACGGGCCGUGCUCCGCUCCGUCUCAGGGUCUCCCUUCUCACUCGAGUAGUCGAGUGGUCGAGUCCACUGACCACUGACCUCGACCCUGAGCCCCGUGAGCCCGCCGCAGCGCUGCUCGCCAUGGCCAUGGUGCAGCCUGCGGACCCGGCCGUCAAGGCCAACGAGAUCCUGGCGCGGUUCCGCCCCAUCGCGCCCAAGCCCGCACUGGCGGCGGCCGCGGCGUCGCCGGUGGCGCAGGCUGCGGCCGAGGGCGUGGUGGCCGCCAACCGCGUGCUGUGCCAACUGCAGAGCAGGCCGUGCCGCGCGCGGAAGCGCGGCCGCCCGAACGUCGUGCCCGUGUCCCCGAAGUCGCCCGCGCAGCCGGCCGCCAAGCGGAAGAGGGCGGCGGCGCCGUACCCGCCGCUCCGGUGCGCGGCGGCCACCGACGCGGUCGCGACGGCGACGAGGGCGCAUGUGUCGGUGGUCGUCCCGGGCAGUGCAUGCCUCCCCCUGGCGUCGCUACCGCCGGCGGACACGGUCGCCGAGGACCUGGUGAAGGUGGCGGCGGAGGAGAGGGACGUGCCCGUGGAGCGCGACCUGCUGCGGAAGCUGCUGGAGCCCAAGGUGAUCUCGCCGCGGGCGGUGCGCCCUGUGUUCUCCACCAUCCACGUCGAGUGCAUCCGCCGCACCGACGCGACCUGCACCGACGCCGUCUCGAAGACGGCGGCGGAGGUGGAGGCGGAGCUUGAGGCCGACGCGCUCCCGGCGGUGGUCUCCGACUCGGGCAACCGCGUCCGGCUGGUGAACGACGCGUACAAGGAGAUGGUGGGGCAGCCUGAGUGCCCGUGGCUCGACGCCGUGGCCGCCGCGUCGAGGAGGAUCAGCGGGGAGGUGGUGCUGCAGGUGGCCGAGGCAGCUUUGCUGCCGGAGCCCCACGAGGUGCUCACAUGCACGGCCAGGAUCGAGUGGGAGUACGGCGGGAGGUGUACCUGCAUCAUGGUACCGUGCGACGUCAGGCGUCUGCUGUGUGAGUCCAGGGACUACCUCUUCACCUGGAGGUUCCGCACCGCCGACGCCGACGUGUCCGUGGGCUGCCGCUCCGGCGACGGCGAGGCAAGCGAUAGCUAGGAGAAGUUUUGUACCGCAUCUUGCGUGACGCACUGCGGGGCGCCAAACCAAGUGCACAGGCUAAGCUGCAUGUUAAGCUAGACCAGAUUUCCUCUUUUGCAAAGUCCAUAGGAUGUAGACCCAGUUCUGAAAUCUGGAGUACAUAUAAGCUGAUGACAGGAGAAUGCAAAUGCAAGGGAUAAUGUAACUUGUACUUUUGUGAAACUGCUCGGUGUCAAUUUGUACAUGACUAUCUGGUAUGAUAACGACAGGUUUGCUCAUGGGCAACCGA